UGCCUCUUCCAUUCGUUCGGUAAACGCUGUUCGGUAAACGCUGUUUUCCUGUACCGUUUAGGUAGGCCGCGCUGCGCAACGGGCGCCACUACGUCAUGAAGUUCGCAAAGGAGCUCGAGCAGGACCUCGUGCCAGAAUGGCGCAUCAAGUACCUCAACUACAAGGCUGGCAAGAAGUACGUCAAGGCCGUCUCCCGCGCCAUCAACCGCGCCAACGGCAGCCCGCAAAACAACGCCAGCAAGAGCGAGAACCGUAUCGCUGCCAAUUUCUUCCACAGUCAUUCGCCCUUCAACAACCAGAAACAUGGACACUCGAGAGGCGGAAAUCCCGACGAGCGGACCUCACUCCGUCACAGCCCGGCUCCGGUCGGCUCAGCACGACAAAAGCCCGCGACACCAGCGCGAGCGAUUCCCACAUCCGCCAACCACGAACGUCAGGGGUUGAACCACGGUUCGAGCGAUUUACAAUACGGGAGCUUCGUCCACACGCCGCCGAAUCAUGAUACCGGAGCUCCGUUGGAUCGCAAGGCCACCUUUGAGCUGCCCGGACCGGCAAUGCGCGUGCCGUCGCACCAGAGUGAUGCCAGCCCGCAGCCCGCUUCUGCUCAGGACGACCAGCCCAUGCGCCAGGCUUUGCAGAGAAGCGCCUCCAUGAUUGCCGAUGCGCCUCGCUCUUCUGGCCCGCCCCCGACCGAACACGAGAACACGCCUUCAUCGCUACGGCUCCCCCACUCUGCGACAAUUGGAUCUGGAUAUAAUGCUUCGCCGAGGGGUGGUCUCAGGCGCCUGUUCUCAAACGCGUCACCUCUGAACCGAUCAGGAACGAACCCAGAGUACGGGCUUCAAGGGCUGGCUAUUGACCUCGUCCGGCAGAAAGAGAAGGAGUUCUUUGACUUCUUAGACUCUGAGCUGGAAAAGGUGGAGGCUUUCUACAAGUUGAAGGAGGACCAGGCUGGAGAACGACUGAGUUUGCUUAAGGACCAACUGCACGAGAUGAGGAACCGACGGACCCAAGAGCUGCAUGUCCAGAAGCAACAGGCAGAAAUCGACUUCCUAAACGGCGGACACGGCGACUCGGACGGUCCCCAAAAGGGUCCCCUCGGCUGGAUCGAUCCUGUAAAGUCCAAGAUCUUCCGCCCAGGGCCAAACUCCAAGGCACUGUCGAAAAUGGCCCAGACCCCAGUCAUGCGUCCGGAAGGUAGCGACGCCGGACGAGAUUACAUCCGACGACCUCACGAACACGACGUCCCGUACCGAACCGCCAAACGCAAGCUCAAGCUCGCUCUGCAGGAAUUCUACCGCGGGCUCGAACUGCUAAAGUCCUACGCUCUCCUGAACCGGACUGCGUUCCGCAAGCUGAAUAAAAAAUACGACAAGGCCGUUAACGCCCGGCCUCAGUACCGCUACAUGAACGAAAAGGUCAGCAAGUCGUGGUUCGUCAACAGUGACGCUGUGGACGGCCAUAUCAAGGCGGUGGAAGACCUGUAUGCUCGGUACUUUGAGCGUGGCAACCACAAACUCGCGGCCGGCAAGCUGCGAAGUCUGAGCCGCAGACCGGGUGAUGAAUCAGGAAGCGCUUUCCGCUGCGGAAUCCUACUCGGCACUGGGCUAGUCUUCGCUAUCCAGGGCGUCGUCUUUGGCGGCCAGCUGUUGUUCGACGAGGAUCCCGAGGUACGGUCACGCACCAGCUACCUCUUGCAGAUCUACGGCGGGUAUUUCUUGAUGUUGCUCCUGUUCUGCAUGUUCUGCCUCAACUGUGCCAUUUGGACGCGGAACAAGAUCAACUACCCCUUUAUUUUCGAAUUCGAUACCCGGCACAAUCUCGACUGGCGGCAGCUCGCCGAGUUCCCUAGCUUGUUCACCUUCAUCUUUGGAGUAUUCAUAUGGCUCAACUUUAGCGAGUACGGGACGAACGAGGUGUAUGAAUACUAUCCCGUGGUCCUGAUUGCUAUUUCCGUGUUCAUCAUCUUCCUCCCCGCGCCCAUUUUCAUGGCAAGGAGUCGAAGGUGGUUCGCGUACGCUCAUGUAAGUUGUUUAGCUCCUCUCGCUGCUACAGAUAUAAUCUAAUGAUACAUGUAGUGGCGCCUGUUGCUGGCUGGUUUGUACCCAGUCGAGUUCCGAGACUUCUUCCUCGGCGAUAUCUACUGUUCCUUGACGUACGCCAUGUGUGUGAGUUUUCAUCCGCCACCCCCACGCCCCUUUAAAUAUCCUUGACUGACCCUUGAUCAGAACGUCGAACUGUU